AUGCGCGCCUUUCAACGCCUAACCGCUUUGCUUGUCUCGACACAUUCUCAUCAAACCCGUAGCCUCUUGUGUUGGGGUCGUGUCAGAAAGCUGCUUCAGAUCCUUGCGAUGGCAUGGUUGCGAGUCGUGAAUGCCAUUGCUCUCGCGGGCUGGACGUGGCUGUUGCUGCAUUCCGUGCUGCCCACAUGCAGUGGUCUUGUGGCUCGCGAUGAACUUGCUGGCCAAGGACUCCGAGCCCGGCGGGCACUGUCGCUAUUUGGGGCACUUCAGACAUACUGCUACGCGGAGGUUGCGAUCAUCGCAUACCGCAGACACUGUGUUGUGCGAAGCAUGAAGGGAGUCGAACAGACAGUGCUCGGGCUUGGGAUUUGUGUUUUCCGCACCACAAUCGCCGUCUUUGCGAUUCCAAAGCUGGACAACGCGGCACUGAACCAGGUUCUUCUGGGUGGCUGGGCGCUUGCAGAUGUUCUUCGGUACAUCGCCCUCUUGAGCAAACGGCCUUCUCUUCAGCUUCUUCGGCGCAUUGCCUCCGCCAUACUCUUCCUGGUCGUGGCCACUGCAGAGGUCUGGGCCAGCUGGCUGACAUUCGACAGCCUGACCUUGGGAGUCAGACGGUGGAUGGUGGUGCAGAUGUGCGUGACUACGAUGGGACUACCUGUCGGAGCCUACCUCUUCUUGAAGUCUGCACGGCCGGAGCAGCAGAGCGCACCCGCCGGGUGUCUCAUUUGCGCUGUACUGCGCAGGUACCUCUGGCCAAGCCCGGGAGGUUGCCUGGGACGCGGGUGCGUGCCUCUUGGAUGUCAGGGAGGCCUUCAAGCGCGACUUCCAAGGGGAGAAGGUGGCGGUGCUGGCGCCGCCCCACGGCCAUGUCCCGAUCUACAGGCCCAGGCUCCCUGGCGCCUUGUGUCGAGGCUCCAAGGCCGAGCUGCCCGCGCUGCCCCGCCCGGAGCGCUCCCUGUGGCCGCAUCUCGAGGAGCUUGUCAGGAUGACGGAGGUGCCCAUCGGCCUGCCUGGGACCUUGCGAGCGAGGAGCUUGAGCCCGGGGAGAGACCAGGCGGCCCAGGCCGAGGCGGAGGCCACUGUGAAGGACGAGGAGCGCUCCCAGCAGCAGAAGCUCCCCAGCUUCGAUGCAGAGGCCGCUCUGAGGGCCCUGCGCGAGGAGCGCCUGGAGAGGGAGCGCAGGUGCCGCUUCUUGGAUUUCCCCCGUGGCCGGCCACUGGGUCUGGGGGACUGCGAGGGCACCGCGUCCUCCAGCGAGGACGGUCGCGACUUGCGCAGCGCGCAAGCCGCGCAAGCCGCGCAAGCACGUCGAGAUGA